AUUGGAAACACAUACAUACUAUAAAAUAGCCGUCCACUUCCCUCUUCUGUGUACACCCACCUUCUCAAGAACACAUUUUGGGAAGGAAAGAUUCGAUAUAAAGAAGGAGAUAUCAUAUUACGGCACGGCUAACCCAUCAAGCAAACUUAAAGUAUGAGUUAUUACAGUCAGAAUCAGCCUCCUGUUGGUGUCCCUCCUCCACAAGGCUAUCCGCCGGAAGGAUAUCCCAAGGACGCAUAUCCGCCGCCGGCAUAUCCUCAGCAGGGAUAUCCGCCGCCGGGAUAUCCUCCUCAGCAGGAUAUCCCCCGGCCUACGCCCCUCAGUACGGGCAGCCUCCCCCUCGGCAAAACCAACAGGGCAGCAGUGGCUGCUUGGAAGGCUGUUUGGCUGCUUUAUGCUGUUGUUGCCUCCUGGAUGCCUGCUUCUGAUCACGAGAAACUCUGCAGCAGCAAAAAAUGGGAGAAAUUACAUUUCCCAUCUAUUUAGAUUGUCUAGUUUUUCUUCUUCUAUAACUAUCCCCACUCACCCCCUCCCCUUCUCCUGACUGUUGUUUCUUAUAAAUAAUAAUCUUGUACUUUUGUUUAGAAGUGAACGUGUCAUUACCAUGAGUUUUUGCCUUUGGUUUUCAUUUGAGUUUGUCUCCUUGUCUGUUUUUAUUAACAUUGAUUGGUUGGUUUUUUUAAUCUAGAUUGUCAACAUUUUAAAAUGUAAUGACAUUGAAGGUCUUUUCUUCUCGAAUUUUUUAGAACUAAAAGCUGCCUUCCAUCCCAAAUGAAAAGG